AUGCUCUUCAACAACGCCCUCGUGGGCAGUCUGAUGCUCGCCGGUUAUGCCUCUGCCAAGGUACCCACAGUGAACGCUCUGUUCAAACGAAGCGACGAUAUCGAAGACGUACUACGACGGGACGCGGAUAUAAUGGCCACCCUUACGAGACGACAAGCUGCCAAUGGCGCGCAGUCCGCACCGCAGGUUUCAACCACACCCGCUUCGGGAGACGCAGCAAAGGCCGAUCUAGCAAAAUGGGAGGAACAGACCAAGGCAGCCUGCGGAUCUGCGCUCACAGUACUCAACGGCCAGGCAUCGAAUCCCAGUGGUAUUGCCGUGUGCUACAACCUGCCGUUCCUCGACAACCAGACCGGUAUCUUCCAAGCUGAACUUCGAAUGUACAACGUUUCGGCACCGAUCGAUCCUUGGCUUGGUGUUACUGCUGGCGAUGUUAGCAUGGCGCUGUCCUACUUGGGCGCUACCGUGCAGAACAUGAAUGGGACCUAUGCGAAGCGCGACAUUGUGGACAUUUCGUACCCGCCAAUUAAGGAGAGAAGCCUUGUGGAACGACAGGCGGCGCCCCCCCAAGAGCUCAAGGUGCUCAUGUAUGUUGGCAAGAUCAACAGCAACCUGAUGGGCUCUGCCAUGACACAAGCCACCCUCCAGCCUCUCCUGAUCCCGCAGAUCGAGCUCUCUGCGAAGAACCCCACCUCCGGCCAGGACGUUAAAGCCACCCUCUCCUCCACCGAAGCGUCAUUUGUCAACGGUGUCUUCGCCAAGCAAGCGAGCUCAACACCCACCGAUGCCGCAGCCCUGGCCUCUGCCUCCGCCGCCGUACAAAGCGCGGCACCAUUCGUCGUUCCGGGCCAAACCCUCGACCCGCGAGUCACCAAGGCUGGUCUAAUCGUCACCCUCGUCUGGGCCGUUUUCUUCAUGGGCGUUGUCGGCCUCGGCACCUACGGCCGUAUACAGUUCCGCGAGCAGUACCGCCGCCGUGUGAAGAACGAAGUUGCGAGGAACAUGCGCACAAUCUAG